UAAUUCUUUAAAAUUAAUAUGUUUCUAUCUUUCAAAUUGAAGGAAUAAAUUAAAAAAGAAAGAUAAUACAUCUCGUUGUCUUCAUUAUUGAGGACCGAAAAGCAGAAGAAUCAAAGAGAGAUUUAAUUGCGAUUUAAAGAUUAAAGGACAUUUUAUUAUUUUUAUAACUCGGUUCAAUAACCCAGGUAUGCAAAUAUACUGCAUAAAUUUAACUAGCCAUAUACUUCUUCUAUAUUUGUCAUUACGUUCUUAUUUGACGCGAUCAUUCAUGUCAAAUGACUCUGAUCGAUUUGCACUCGUGUUUCACGAACGAUAUAUUGCAGUUUACUGUGAUGACCUCUCGGAUACUUUCGCGAGAUCGUGUUUCCUCUUUCCCUCAUUCUCGAUGAGACAUCGCGUUCGCGUUACAGGUAGUACACCCGAUAGCGCUUUCUCAGCCGUCUUAUUGAUUUUCCCGUGGAGGCGCACGCGCUAUUCCGCUCCCGAUUGCGACAAGGGGGGUGCGGCUGUAACCAUGGAUCCCAGUGUACUCGCCACCAUGGACAAGGACGCACUGAAGAAGCAGAUCGAGAACAUGAAGUACCAGGCGUCCAUGGAACGGUGGCCCCUGUCAAAAAGCAUCGCGGCGAUGCGGGAGUACGUGGAAGAGAACGAGAAGAAUGAUCCACUGAUACACGCGCCCGACAAGAAGAACAAUCCCUGGGCCGAGAAAGGCAAGUGCAUAAUCAUGUAAUCAGGACCAGAGCGGAGGAAGGGCAGCAGAAGAAGAAGGAAGCGUACAUACAAACCGAGGAGGAGAGGAGUCGGUCAUUUAUUCGCAAUAAGAAAAAUCUUAGGCAGAGAUUACGAAAAAGAGUAGGAGAAUGAAGAGGAGGAAGACAAGUAGGAGGAAGAGGAAGAAAUGCUGGGGAACGUCUGCUGCGUUUCGAUCGCGGAUCUACUCGAUCGUCUAAGGAUCGUCGACCGGCCGCCGAAAUGGGAACGCAUCUACGAUUGAUUUCGCAAUGGACGAGAUCCAGCAGAGUCGAAUCGUUUAUUGGACCGUUCCGUUCCUCCAGGACUAUUUUUCCAUCGCGCGGCGUGCGGCUUUCGACGCCAAUUUUCAAUUAUUCGCAUCGUUCUACGAAAUAUAUCAUCAUCCUUCACUGAUCGUGCCAUUCGCGACGUAGUCGUUGCUCGUAAAGAUAUUUCGAAGCUCGAAAUCAGUGCGUCGACCGGCUCAUGGACACAAAAUGAAAGGAAGAAGAACAUAGGCAUAAGAAAGAAAUGAGUUGAUGAUUCGGUUGUGCGUUUUCGUCGUUUGAUCGAUUGUAUCAAACGAUUAAUCAUAAUUCGUGUUCGAAUUUAAUCAUUUUCACGUUCACAAAGUACCAAAGAAAAGUAGAAAAACAAAGAAUCAAAUGGAAGAAGAAAAAAAUAAAGAAACCUAUCACUUCCGCUUGGCAAUCGUCUGGACCGAAUCAAGCCGCCGCAUGUCACGCGACGUCGUUGCACAUCUAACUCGCCGAUGCACUUGCCGUAUAAAAACUCGCCCCAUUCACGAUCUAUCAUGAGAAUGCAAUUUACCCUAACUAAUUUUACAUAUAUAUAUAUAUACAUAUAAAUAUAUAUAUAACUUAUUAUAUAAAACACACAGUUAUUCCUAUGAUGAUUAUAAUUACUGUUGUAUGUACCUCUGUGCAAAUUUCUUACGAAAAUAUAACAAGACCAGCGACAGAAAUCCAAAUCCUGUUCUCUGCUUUCGUUACUCGUCUCAGGGAAAUGGUUACACGUGAAACAUCACAUCCAAUGUCAAUUUAACAUUUGAUUUUAAUGGAAUCAUCAAACGCAAUCAAAAUCCCUGUCACGGUAUUCCAUUUAAUUUUCUCUCUUAUUGUUGCCUGACUAGUUGCUAUCUGUUUCUACUGACUUUUAUGACGUGCGGCGCUCGAGAUUCUGAAACAACUGGAUUUUUUAAAUUUCUUACAAAUCUACCUUUUAUAAUAAGAUCUGCUACUAUAAUAUGAUAUUUUAUAAAUGUUCUGCUACUAAAAUUCAUGAUGCAUAUACGAGAUUUUGCAAUUACUAAAUUUACUUGAAUUUUUCAUUAAUCUAUAUAUAAUAUAUAUGACGAGGUGUUUUAUCGUAUUGCUAUUUUUAUAUACGAAUAAUUGAUACAAUGUGAACACAUUUUGUUUAACAAUUACUAUUAUAAAAUAGACGAUAAUAUUAACACGAGAAUC